UAACCUACAUUUGCUUUAUAUCGCUUGUUUAUAAAUUUUUAUAGAGGUUUAAGUAGCCGAAAAGUUAGAGAAAAUGUUAACUGAGACUAAGGUUUUGUACUUGUGCAACUUUGACGAAAAACUUCACAACUCUGAACAUGAGCACAUCAGUAAAUUAUGGUCAGGUAAAUGGCAAAUAAAUAAUCUUGACAUAUGUAAGGAGCUACUGGCAACAGGAUUAGACACUGAACAACUCAGAGCUGUUCUCACUAAGUACCUCGACAGCGACUCUUCAUUAGACAUCAUACUUUAUACUGCUAUUAGCUCAUUCUUAACUUUCUGUGAACAAAAUUGGAAUACUCACCCUGAGAAACUGAAUUUGCAAGAAUAUUUCGGCUUGGAGUGGCCUACAAACAUAGACGCAGCAGUAAAAUUGCAGCGGGAUUCUGAGCCUGUGUAUGUGAACAUAGCUCAUCCGGAAUUGCUGUAUUUUUCCUUGCAAAUAUUUAAUGCUCUAAGUGCCAUUCAACAGAAUUUGGUUCAUCUAUGGUGGUAUUUCCGAAGCGUAGUCAUCCACCAGAAAGCCCUGGAAGACAACAGUGCCACCAUCUACAAUGAGCUGGAGCUGCUGUUGGCCAAGCUGUCCAACGAGGCCAACAUGCUGGACAACAAGCGGCUGGCUGUGUUGCUGCAGGCGGAGAUCGCUCAGGCGUACCUUGUGUACGGACGGGUGCAGAAGGUUGAGGAGCAUUUGGUUAAGGCUAGAGAGCUGGCUGGGUUGAAAUUGGAGCUAACAGGGAUCCUCGGUAAGAGAACGAAGUGGCAGCAGACCACCCUGCCGCAGCUAGCAUUGACGAGCGCCUUAGACUCGAAUGUGCAGAGACCUUCAGCCGAGGAAAGCCACGGCGAAGCGGAGCUACCUCAUGAUGUCGAGUUAGAAGAUGAUGUGAGACUGAACAAGAUCCAGUAUUUGGAGGAGAUCAGGCAGGCGGAGCUACCUAGCUUGGAGCAGAUGUUGUGCAUGCUCACCAUACAAUAUCUCCAAAAAUCGCAACCCAAAGACGACCUGAUGCACGAAGAACUGUCACCGUACAUAGAGGCCAUAGUAUCGCAAAAGAGCGGUCCGUGGGCCACGAGAGUAGCGGCGCUGUUGGUCCGCUGCAGGCUCGAGGCGGGCCACAAGCGGAGCGUGGAGCGGGCCAUGCUGCAGUGCGAGACCAUUGUCAAUGAGAAGAAGGAGGUGGCGCCCCCUACCAGGUUAUCUUACCUAUGGGCUUCAGGCCUGGGCCCAGCAUGGGCGUGGCGACAGCAGCUGGCCGACUUGUAUCUCAGCUUGGGACUCGUGAAGGCUGCUUUGGAGGAAUACCAGCGACUACAGCUAUGGGAGGAUGUUAUAGUGUGCUAUACCAUGCUGCAGUUGCGGCAUAAGGCUGCGGAGGUGAUUCAGCAGCAAAUCGACAUCCAGCCGACUGUCAAACUGUACUGCUUAUUGGGCGACGCAACAGAUGACGUGUCAUGGUUCGAGAAGGCGUGGGAGUUCUCGGGGCACAGGAGCAGCCGCGCGCAGCGGCAUUGGGGGAACUUCCUCUUCCGCCACAACAAGUACCAGGAGUGCAUCCCGCACUUCGACAUGUCGGUGCAGAUCAACAGCAUACAGGAGAGCGUGUGGCUGAGGCUUGGGUUCGCAGCCCUAGAGACGGAAAACUGGGAGCUGUCAGCGCGCGCCUACCGCCGCUACACGUACUUACAACCCAACACCUUCGAGGCGUGGAACAAUCUGGCUAAAGUGUACGUCAAACAGGGGGACAAGGACAGGGCGUACAGGGCGCUGAUGGAGGCGCUUCGGUUCAACUAUGACAACUGGAAGCUAUGGGAGAACGUGAUAAUAGUAUCCAUGGACACCGGCCACUUCGAGGACGCGAUCCGCGGCGCCCACCGUAUGCUGGACCUGCAGCACAAGUUCGAGGACACUGAGGUGCUGGCGCUACUUGUGCGGGCGGUUGUACAGGACAAGGAUGACGCAGAUGGGAACAGCAGCGCUAGGUUGAGAAAACGGGUGCUAGAGCUAUUCGGACGCAUAACGUCCAUACACCAGAAUAAACCAGAGAUCUGGCAGCUGUACGCCGACCUGAGUCCCACCCGGCUGCUGCAAGCACAAAGGUUGCUGAAGGCCUAUAGGGGAUACACGCAGAGUGGGAGCUGGCCCAACAGUCCAGAAACAUGCAAAAAGGUCAUCGACCUCGCGCAGAACCUUCUACAGUACAGUCUUCAAGCUAGACAAGAAGCCGAAGAUAAGGACAAGGCGCAAGCCGAUCAGCAGCUGUCUUCCGCGCGGUUAACGGCUCAGGCCGUUAUACGGGCGGCGGAGAAACAAGGCUGGCCUGAGACGGCAGACGCUCUUGAACAGCUGAAGGGAUUGUUUAAUACUGUAACUGAAUAUAUGAAAUCUAUUAUGUAAA